AUGUCAGAAACCAAUACUCUCCUAAAUCAAGUAUGGACAGAUUUAUCCGAUACAAUGCGGCAGAUGUUCGAAUCUAAACUGCCAUCGGAAGAGAAAAUGAUGAAACUUUAUAAUGAUAUUUUUAAGUAUAUGGAGAGUCCAGAACGUAAUAGAUUGUUCAUAGCAUCGCUAUAUAGAUCAAAUCCAGCAAAUGAUAGAGACGUUGAUACAAUUAUUCCUGGUGGUGAAUUAUAUUUUUAUUUGAAGAAUUUUCUCAAAGAAUAUCUUACCACAAUAUAUGCAAAUGGAAACAAUUUAAUAGAUGAAGAUUUUCUUCAAUUUUAUGUUAAAACCUGGGAUACAUAUCAAUUUGUUAGUGAACGUCUUGAUCAAGAAGAAAAACGUGUAAAAGAUUAUUUAGAGCCAACAACUUUACAAAAGUUAAUGCCAAAAAUUGAAGAAAUACUUAUUACAAGACAUCUUGAUCAGAUACAAGAAGAAGCAACAAAAUUAUUACAUGAUGAAAACGCUGAAGGUGAGUUUUGUUUACAGAAUUUCUUUGAGAUGUUUAUGUUAUUUGAAAAUUCGUUAUAUAAAUAAUAUCUAUUUAAUGAAAUCAAUGAUAAUACAAUAAUGAUUUUACCUUUAUUUAUAUUAUUUAUCAAUUUUAUUGUUGUUGUUCAUGGAGUACAUUUCAAUGGAGGUACUAUUACAUGGGCUCCGAUUGAUCCUUACGAUAAUUCGAGUUCAGUUAAUAUUACUAUUACACAAUCUUAUGCAUGGGCUUAUCCAACAAUAGCUUGUGCAAAUGAUGUACCUAUAACAACCAGCGGUCGAAGUACUCAAAAUUGGAAUUUGACUUGUGUUGUUGACUGUUCGUCUGAUGGUGGAUAUAGAAAUAAACCCAUUGAUAUUCUCACCGAUUGUUCUGCAGUCUUUUCAUCUCUUCGUAUAAUGACUAGUGAACGAUCACAUAAUAUGACACUUGAUUCAGGUGCACAUUUCUAUCUGGCAAAUGUAGGAAGUGCAUGGGUAGCAUUAAAUUCUCCUGCUGAAAGUGGUCUUGAAUGGUCAAUUGUUACUUUUAUUGAUUUACGCAUGCGACCAGAUGGUUUUAUUAAUACUCCGCCAGUAGCUAGUGUUGUUUCUCCACAAUAUGCUAUUGUAAAUGAAACAAUACAAAUAAAUAUUCCUGUUUCGGACAUUAACGAAGGUGAUGAUGUACGAUGUCGAUGGGCAACUUACACUGCAGGAUAUCGUAGACGAAAACGAUCGGAUACAGAAGGAUACUUUAACGAAGGCGUAGCUGAAAAUAAAGAAAUUAUUCAUGUUAGGAAAAAGAGAAGUUGUGCCAGUGGAUGCACAAGUGGUGACAAAUGUACUAAUUCACAAUGUUUAGGAACUACUUGUGGACAUCCGAAAUGUACUGAUGCAUGUUGUGAAUACGUUAUUACAACAACUGGUAUACCUACGAAUUACACAACCACCGUUGAUACUCCUGGUACACUUAAGUCAACAUCAUUAUAUCCCCAUCAACAAGCAAUUGACGAAUGUGGUGGUAUUUGCUAUCCAGGUAGUGUCCCUAAUGGUACAACUUUAUCGAAUUGUACUAUCACAUUUACUGGUCUAAUACCUAAUACUUGGUAUGCUGUUGCUGUUCAGGUUGAAGAUUUUAUCAAUGACACAAGCACUGUAGCAAUGAGUUCUGUACCAGUUCAAUUUUUAAUUUAUGUCUUGCCACAACCAACAUGUUCAAAAGCGCCUAUUAUUACUUCUGAUAUCAGUUGUCUCCAAGUACAAGUUGGUGUUAAUAUGAGUUUUAAUCUAUAUGUGACAAAUUUAUGCAAUACGAGCGUAGCUACAAUAACGGAUCUUAUUUCUAAUGGUAUAACUGAUAUAAUUGAUAAUGGCUUGACAGAUUCUCCGACCAAUUCAUCAUUAUCUUAUGUGACAUACACUUGGACACCACAAUCAAAUGACAUUGGACUACAAGAAAUGUGUGCAGUUGCAUAUACCAGUCAAAUGGUACAAUCUAGUCCAUUUUGUGUCACAUUUACUGUACAAAAUUCAUCAGUUACUUGUGUGACAACAACAACAACUACAGAGUCAACUACAACUAGUACUAGUACAACAACAGCUACCUCAUCAACGACGUCAACUACUACAUCAGUGACUACGACAACAGCAACAACAACAACAACUUCAAAAAACUCAAUAAAUUGGCCACUUAUUUUGGGUUUAUCAUUAUUGGCUCUACUAUUGGCUUUAUGCUGUUGUUGCUGCUAUUGGUAUUGGUUUUUAUGGUCUGGUGCACGACGUCGACGACGACAACGAAAUUAUGAAGAUAUAGUACAGAAACCAUUUGGAUCACAAAAUAUAUUUGCUAAAGUACGAAAGACUCGCAUUGCUGAGCAAAUGCUGGGUAGAAAUAGACCAAGUGAAAACUAUCUUAUGGAUACAACAUUACAUUCAAACAACAAUAUAUCACGUCAUUCUUUAACUGGUUCACCUAUCAAUUCAGCUGCUACAAAGUUUGGUAAAUCAACAACAGAUAUAGAUAAUGAAAGAAUCGCAAUGAGAACAAAUAUACCUAUUAAAAUUGCAAAUAGAAAUACCAAUGAACAUGAAAACAUCCAGUCACCAGAUUGCUUAGAAAUGAACACGAUUACACCAACUAUUACUCGUUUAUCAGUCAUAGUUGUUCCAUUAAAUAAAGUAUCAACAUUAGAUGAUUCUGAUGAGAAGAAAAACAAGAAUAUGGAGGUAAAUCAACAAAGUAUUUCAAAUGCUUUAUCAGCAGAAUCAUCUGGAACUGAACGAGUUAGUGUGACUAAAUUACCACGAAACUCAAUCGUUGGUAGUUCACGACCAAGAGCGUCUAUUAUAGAUCAUACGAACAAUGCUCACUUGAGAAAAAGUUUGGUAGGAAUACAACCCAUGGGAGUACACUCGAAGAUUACUCCUCUUGCCUCCAGUAACGAACCGAAUAUAGACAGUGGAGUAAAGGUGGUACAUGUUUCUCGAAAAAGUACACUUUUUUAA